AUGGACCAAUGGUUAAAUGCUUGUGUAGCCGGUGAACGAGCAUAUACAAUAAUAAAAGGUACUCGUUUUCAAAAGAAAAAAAGUAAAAAAGCAGCUAAAAUAAUAAUUAUUAUUCUUAUUAUUGUUAUCAUAAGUACAUCGAUUUAUGAUCCGUUUUAUCGACAUUUAAUGGAUGAAGUAAAUGAUAAUGAAAGAAGAAUAUGGUGUACUAUUACUUAUUCAUCUAAUUUAAAAACAUUUCAUUCUGCGAUACACGGUUUUCAUUUUAUUGCUCCAUUCGUAAUAAAUUUAGUAUCAUCUAUUGUUUUAAUAACAAGAAAAUCUCAUCAACAAUCAAAUUUACAAAAUGAUCGAACUUAUUACCAACUUUUACGACAACAAUUACAUGAACAUAAAAACUUAUUAAUUGCUCCAAUUGUAUUAGUUAUUCUUGCAUUACCACGUUUAAUAAUAUCUUAUGUAUCGAAAUGUAUGAAAUCAUCAAAUAAUUCAUGGAUAUGUCUUAUUGGAUAUUUUAUUUCAUUUAUUCCAUCGAUGUUAAUUUUUUUUAUAUAUGUAUUACCAUCAACAUUUUAUAAGCAAGAAUUUCAUAAGACUAUUGCUCGAUAUCGAAAUAAGAUACAAAGAAGUCGAAGAGUAUUUCAUCUAAGUAUAUGA